AUGCAUCCGAUACUUUUCCUAUUAUUUGCGGCAUUUGUCCAAGCAAACACAGAAUCGUAUUUACUUCAAAUCCCUCAUUAUUAUAGUAUAACUCCACACCCUGAGCCAUACGUUGAAAAUGGGAACCAAGUAUUUACAUUAAACAAAUCACAUUCUGUAUUGGAAAACUACCCUAUUUUGAACAAAUACGAUCAUGAAGACCUUAACCUGGUCGUUGUACAUACUCCAUACGAGUACGAGGAGGGGGGUGCCCACACAUUACUUGUGAAAUUGAAUAAUUAUAAUAACAGUGCAUUCCAAUCAGACGAUAAAAUCUACAUUAAAGUGUGUUGGCCAGCGACUCAACCAUUUUCAGUUGACAUUUCUCAUCAAUUUCUUGAAGGUUUGAUUGAUGGUAAUAAGGAAUUAGAACCAUAUAUACUCAUUACAUAUCAAGUGGAUGCAUACCCAUCCAAACCAGAAUAUGCCCUUUCGCUUGAUACAUUCACAUUCAACCUUCAUGUCUCAAGACUUCCUUGGAUACCCUUACCACUUGAACUUGUAGACAUUAUGAUGUAUUUGGGAGAUUUAGCAAUUCUAGUAAUUAUGAUCGGAGUACCGGUACUUGAACAAAUGGUUUAG